AUGGCUACAAAUAAGGAUAGUAAGGAAAUGGAGUCAGGCUAUGGGCAAGGCUCUGGCUCUGCUUUUGGAUCACUCAUUACUGCUGCAGUCUCCACCGUUGAAUCGGCUGCCGGUUCAGUUGUGAGUACUGUUACUGGAUCAGAAUCUGGAGGUACCACGCAAUCGGUGUCUGAUUCGGGUUAUGGGAUUGGUUCUGGAUAUGGGUUUAGCCAGGCUAGUGAAGUCUCCGGUACGGGUUCUGGUACUGUGUCAAAUAGUACUGGUACAAAUUCCUCUACUUGA